AUGACCGGCGACUUCGUCAAGGCCACGUUCCCUAAUCCACGUCCGUAUCUCGAACACACCCUACCAGAUAUCCUCCCCGCUCGUCUUCCGCCUUCUCUCGCACCCCAACUCACGUCCGUGUACGAAAACGUGUUCUUGGACUUUUCCCUUCGUGAGCGCCGACGGCCAGCGCGACACGCUCAAGCAGGUCCUCGGCUCGCGCCGACGAACAAGAUCUUGUGGUCCACUGACGGCAUUUCUGGCCCGAAUCGUACUACCUGGGUUCUAUGCAGGCUCGCCAAUGUCUCUUCGAGGUCUCGAGCAUCGCUCCGGCUCUUCGAGCUCACUCUCCCUCAAGCCGUCGGUAUCGCCAGGCAGUCUACAGAAGCUGUGGAUGUCUAA